AUGUAAUAAAUCAUAAGUAUUGCUUUGAUUUUGCUGUUUGUAAAUGGAAGAUUGUACACUUCAUACAAACAGUGUGAUUCAAAUUGGGGAUCUGAUAAAUUAGGAACAGGAUCGAGUUCAAUUUGUUCAAAUGGAAGUUUGAUCUCAUCAAUAGCCAUGAUAUUUAACACAUAAGGAAUAACAACAGAUGGAGUCACAACUCCAAGAACAAUGAAUUCAUGGUUAAAGAGAAACAACGGCUAUGCUUCAGGAGAUCUUUUUAUUUGGUCUUCUAUUUAGGACUUUGGAUUUAUAUAUUAAGGAAAAUUUUCUGCAUCUUAAGCAAAAUUAAAAUUUGAUAGAGGGGAUCAUGUGAUUCUUGGUGUAAAUGAAGGGUCUCAUUAUGUGUUAAUGACAUCAUAUUCAGGAGAUACUUUUAACGUCAAUGAUCCAGGAUAUUCAAAGACGAGUUACCCAUAAACUGCAAUCAGUUAUGCUCCCAUUUACACUUAUAGUAAAUUGAGUUAUUUCAAGAAUCAUAUUUUGAAAUUGGAAUGA